AUGGAACAGCGGGGACCGAUCAGCGCCCUCCGAUACCUGCUGCUGCAUGCCCCGCUGCUCCUCAUAGCCAACGCUACAUUCACCGAAGUCCCCAAAGAUGUGACUGUUAGGGAGGGAGAAGAUAUUGAGAUGCCCUGUGCUUUCCGGGCGAGUGGAUCAACCUCCUACUCGCUGGAGAUCCAGUGGUGGUAUCUUAAAGACCCGCCCCGGGAGCUGGCCCACGAAUUAGCGCUCAGUGCCCCUGGCAGCAGAAACAAGGUAACAAAUAAGGAUGCAACCAAAAUCAGCACCGUGCGGGUACAGGGCAAUGACAUCUCGCACCGGCUGCGGCUGUCCGCUGUGCGGCGGCAGGACGAAGGCGUGUAUGAAUGUCGGGUGUCGGACUACAGCGACGACGAGACGCAGGAGCAUAAGGCCCAGGCGCUGCUGCGGGUGCUGUCGCGCUUCGCGCCGCCGGACAUGCAGGCCGCCGAGGCCGUGUCUCACAUUCAGAGCAGCGGCCCGCGCCGCCACGGAGCCGCCGGCCGGGCCACCUCUGAGCCUGGCCGUGACAAGCGGCCUCCGGGGGGAGCCGGACCCGCCAACGCCGCCGCCGCCGCUGCUUCAGCAGCAGCGGCCGCGGGAGCAGCAGCCGCAGUUGGGAGAUUGUCAUAUAAGAAACAGCAAGGAGGCCAAGGUACAGGACCUAUUUAUGCUACAGACCCACUCCUAUACAUGUUCCUGUUAGCACUGCAUAAGCUUAUACACUUGUUAGUAAACCACUGA